AAUACAGAAGCGACACUCUGCUUGGUGGGCGAUCUCUGGUGGUUUAGUGUUGAUGUUGUAAAUGAUUACCUGGUGGUUUAGAAGUGUUGUUACGAACGAUUUUUUUUUACAAUAAACGGUUUGUUCAUUUGUUGUUUGUUUACUUUUUGAUCCUAUAACCUACAAAUAUAAUACUACAACUAUUAACUUACAAUUUUUUGCGUUACGCAUUCAAAAAUUAUUUUUUAUGUUAAUUAUCAUUAUCCAUUAGUAAUUAUUACUAAUUAAAAUAAUCAUGGUUAUGACAUGUGCUGCAUCGUUUUGUUACAACAAGAGUGGACAGAAACAAUCCAAGGUUUCGUUUUUCAGGUUUCCGAAGAAUGUUGAUGAGUGUAAUCAAUGGGCAUCCUUAAUUGGUCGGAAUGACCUGGUAAAUUGUGAUGUUCAGUUUCAAAGAGUCUGUUCUGAACAUUUUGAAGCUACAUGUUUUACAUCUUCAUCAGUGGGACGACAGCCAAGUGCGUCUUAUCAGUGGUGCUAUGUGUAA